ACUGCCCCACCAUGGAAAUCUGUCCAUAAUUAUCAGUCUAACAUCUAUUCCCUCCUAAAAGGCUUAGAUUUUUUGGAUUUUUUUUUUUUUAAUACCCCUUUCCCAAUUCAAGCAUCAUCAGGUGGCAGGCAUGUUUGUUCCCUCCCUCUCCUUUGCUUGCCACAGUUCUGGGCUUUGUCAUGGUUAUUGACAUCUAGAGGGGCAUGAGAGAGCCAGAGUGCAGGUUUCUUCUGAACAGUGGCCAAACUAAAAGCCAGUGUUGUAGAUGAAACAGCAGACUCAUUAAUGAUUUGAUCCCUGGCUCCAUAGACCAUCUCUGUGAAGGCCCCAAGGUCAAAACUACCCGGAUCCUAUGCCUCUCAUAUGAGUGCCUUCUUUUGGGAGAUUAUUGGUUCCAUGGGAGCAAAGAGUAUGGAAAAUGGACUCUUUCUCAUGGUGUUCUUAUGGACCUGGGCUUCUGCAGCUGGCCUUCUCUCCCCUAAGGGUGUUAAUUUUGAAGUGCAAGCUUUGAUAGAUAUCAAAGUCUCUCUGAAGGAUCCUCAUAGUGUUCUUGAGAACUGGGAUCAGGACUCUGUGGAUCCGUGCAGCUGGGCUAUGGUUACAUGCUCACCAGAUAAUCUAGUCAUUAGCCUAGGAAGUCCCAGCCAAAGCUUAUCUGGCACUCUAUCUUCAAGUAUCGGGAAUUUGACAAACCUUGAAACUGUGCUCCUGCAGAACAACAACAUAUCAGGGCCAAUUCCACCAGAGAUUGGAAGGCUAUCAAAGCUUAAAACACUUGAUCUCUCCAAUAACUACUUUACUGGUGAAAUUCCCACUUCUAUAGGCCAAAUGGAAAGCCUUCAAUACCUGAGACUUAACAAUAACAGUCUUUCUGGAGCAUUCCCUCUAUCUUUGGCUAAACUUACGGAGCUAGCUUUUCUGGACUUAUCUUAUAAUAAUCUGAGUGGUCCUGUCCCUAGAUUUCCAGCAAGGACAUUCAACAUUGUUGGAAAUCCUCUGAUUUGUGCUACUGGUUCAGAGCAAGAUUGCUUUGGGACGGUGCCCAUACCAUUGUCCUAUAACUUGAACAAUUCACAGAGUACUCCAACCCCCGGAAGAUCCAGAAGUCACAAAGUCGCUGUUGCAUUUGGGUGCAGCAUUGGAGGCAUCAGUUUAUUAAUUCUUGGUGUCGGGCUAUUUUUCUGGUGGAGGCAAAAACAUAAUCGAGAGAUCCUUUUUGAUAUUGAUGAUCAACAUAAUGAGAAAGUUUGCUUUGGAAACCUCAAGAGGUUUCAGUUCAGGGAGCUCCAGAUUGCCACAAAUAACUUCAGUAGCAAGAACAUCCUAGGAAAAGGUGGCUUUGGAAAUGUUUACAGAGGUCAUCUUCCUGAUGGAACUUUAGUAGCAGUAAAAAGGCUCAAGGAUGGAAAUGCUGCUGGUGGAGAGCUCCAGUUUCAGACUGAAGUGGAGAUGAUAAGUUUGGCGGUGCACAGAAACCUCCUUAGAUUGUAUGGAUUCUGCAUGACUGCCACUGAGAGGCUUCUAGUGUAUCCUUACAUGUCCAACGGAAGUGUUGCUUCCCGACUCAAAAGAAAACCACCAUUGGAUUGGACUACUAGAAAGAGGAUAGCGCUGGGAGCCGCAAGAGGUCUACUAUAUCUUCAUGAGCAGUGCGAUCCUAAGAUAAUUCACAGAGAUGUAAAAGCUGCUAAUAUAUUGCUCGAUGACUGUUGUGAAGCGAUAGUUGGAGAUUUUGGGCUUGCAAAACUUUUGGAUCACAGGGACUCACAUGUGACCACAGCAGUUCGGGGCACUGUGGGGCAUAUAGCUCCAGAGUAUCUCUCCACAGGCCAGUCCUCCGAGAAAACCGAUGUCUUUGGCUUUGGAAUUCUCCUCCUUGAGCUGAUAACGGGUCAGACUGCUCUCGAAUUUGGCAAGGCAGCAAACCAGAAAGGAGCCAUGCUUGAUUGGGUGAAAAAGAUCCAUCAAGACAAGAAGCUCGAUAUGCUCGUGGACAAGGACCUAAGGGACAAGUAUGACAGGAUUGAGCUUGAAGAGAUGGUCCAAGUGGCACUACUGUGCACCCAGUACCUCCCUGGCCACAGGCCAAAAAUGUCCGAGGUGGUUCGAAUGCUUGAAGGUGAUGGACUUGCAGAGAGAUGGGAAGCCUCACAGAGAGUCGAUGCCCACAUGUUCAAGCUGCCCGAGUUCUCCUCAGAGCGCUGCUUCUCUGACUUGACUGAUGACUCCUCGUUACUGGCUCAAGCAAUGGAGCUCUCUGGACCAAGGUAACUUUUAUGACAAUAAAGAGGAUUGGCAGAUUGGAAAAGGAUCACGGCUAUUUCAUUGGAAUGAGUCUGUACAGUAGCAAAUCUCGAAUCGGAAUGUUGGGAUUGCAAAUCCUGAUCACAGAAGCUUUGGCAUUUUAUGUUGGAAGCAACUUUGGUUUAUCUGCUCAGUUAGUGAUGAGGAAGCUUUCAUAUAGGUCAUAGUGUUUUUCUUGUAUAGAAGUGGCAUGUUGAGGUUCUUAACAUGGAACCCCAAGGGUUCAUCAUGGUGUAAAAAGGAAAUGAUUCCAUCAUAUAGAUUAAGCCAAGAACCUUUGCUGGUGGCUGGUGUGUGUGAUUUGGUUGAUGGGAUUUUGUUGUGUGAGAUAACAAGCAAGAACUGGUGAUAAAGAAGAACAUUAUAUAAUUCAAUCAGAUAGAUGGUAUCA